AUGGCGGCUGCGCUGGCUGAGGGGAGCGCGGCCGGCGCCGACGCAGCGGCUGUUCCGCCCAUGGCGGGGCUGGAGAUGGUCCAGCAGGGAGCCGAAGCCCGGGUCUACCGGGGCCUCUUCCUAGGCCGGCCAACUGUGGCGAAGCACCGCUUCCCGAAGCGUUACCGGCACCCGCUGUUGGAGGAGCGCCUGAGCCGCAGGCGGACGGCGCAGGAGGCCCGCUCGCUGCUUCGCUGCCGGCGGGCAGGUGGGCUCGCGCCUCGAGACUGGACUGCGCGGGGCAGGGGCGCGGGCUGGGAUUCCACCUCCUUUAAAUUGCAUGGCCGGCCCACCUCUUUGCAAGGAGUGCGGUUGGGAAUUAUAAGCAAAGCAACCACGCAGCUCGAUUCCAGUCGUUACUGACCGAAACUAAACCGCCCCCCCCCCGCUAUAGGCAAGGAAGCUGAAGACUGGUUAUUGAAGGCGGUGGGCUAAGCCACAGGUGUUUGGGACAGGCAGGCCCCCCAGCAGACAGGGCCUCCGCUGUUGUUUUCGCCCCUUCCAAAAGUUCGUAAGGGUGCUCACUUUCGUUGGAGUAUAAUAAAUAUAUUUUAAGUCUGCUUGGUAGAUCUAAAAAGUGCCCUGGUAAUGUUGGGGAAGGGGAAAGAACACCCCACCCCCAAGAUUAACAGAUUUUUUUUUCCUGUGGGCUUGUUAAAAAAAAUAAAGCCACAAUUCUCUGUUCCCUAUUUUUGUAUGGGGGUGGUGGUGUGUGAUUUGUAGUUUAGUGAAAAGCAUCCUAUACACUUGUUCUGACCACUCACAGGUAGCCCAAACUCUUGGUUUGGCACACAUGAGAAACAGGACGCAUCCAAUGGAUGACAAAAAAGGAGAAACUGUUUUAAAGAUGCUUAAGAGUAAUGCAUUAUUAGGACAUUCUUUUUUAAAAAUAUUACUCAGGUCUUGAACAGUGCCUCUGUGUUAGGCCAGUACUCAUUCACAUUUUGGGCCCUGGACCCACCUUUAGCCCAACACACAUUUGCAGACCCUUUUUUUUUGUCCAUAUAUUUUCAUGGCGGUGGUACCGCUGCUGGUGGCCCUGACCCAUUAGUUGAAAACCAAUGUUUCAGGGAGUACUGCAGUCUUGGGCUAGGAAUGUACAAGGAAUGUUUCUGUUACCAUUUUCUAAAAGCUGUGUUUUAAUCUUCAAAGUUUUGCUAGGUCUGUUGAGGAAGUUCAGAAUCUGAAAUGACAGAACUAUGCAUAGCUAGGGUGAGAGAACUGUGUUGUUCUUAAUGGAGUGGUGGCUCCAUUGGUUUAAAGCCCCUCAUGUGCUGCACACUCUUAGCUCCUUUGCCUUGCUACACACCACCCUCUUCCUAGAUCCCUUGGAUUCUGUGACAGAAAAGAAGUUAAGAUGCGUAGCUGCGGCUUAUACUGUCUUGCCACAACACAGUGAAGGCUGCUAUAGAGCUGAGAGGGCUACUAAAUGAGAAAUAUGCCUGCAACCUCUGUAACACAGAGGUGUUCUUGCAUGUGUUCUGGAGACUUGAAGCAGGGGUAGUCUUUGUCUUGACUUCUUAACUUUUCAGAACCUGUAUAAUUUAAGGUAGAUUAUGUACAGGAACAGGGACACGGGUAGCGCUGUGGGUUGAACCACAGAGCCUAGGACUUGCCGAUCAGAAAGUUGGCGGUUCAAAUCCCCACGACGGGGUGAGGUCCCGUUGCUUGGUCCCUGCUCCUGCCAACCUAGCAGUUUGAAAGCACGUCAAAUUGCAAGUACAUAAAUAGGUACCGCUCCAGUGGGAAGGUAAACGGCGUUUCCGUGCUCUGCUCUGGUUUGCCAGAAGCAGCUUAGCCAUGCUGGCCACAUGACCCGGAAGCUGUACCCCAGCCCCCUCGGCCAAUAAAGCAAGAUGAGCGCCACAACCCCAGAGUCGGUCACAACGACCUAAUGGUCAGGGGUCCCUUUACCUUUAUGUACAGGAACAGCUUGGUUGGCCAGAAGCAGCCUUUAGUUUCUUUACCUGACAAGGGGUACAGAUGCUUGAACUUGCAUGUGUAUUCACUGCAAAAAAAAUCUUUAUUUGCUCUGAAGACUUGUCUGUAUUUGAAGCUGUCUAAUUAUUAUGUAUAAUUUUUGGUUGAUGUACAAAGCUGAGGACUAAUUGUUUAUGGUUGUACUCUUCUUUUUUAGGGAUCUCUGCACCUGUUGUAUACUUUGUGGACUAUGUUUCCAAUUGUAUAUAUCUUGAAGAUAUUGUGGGCUCAACUACAGUCCGGGACUAUAUUAUGUCUGAACAGCAAUCUAGAAAUGAUUCCAGCAACCUUAUUCUGCUAGCAGAGAAGAUUGGUGAGAUUCUGGCACAUAUGCAUGAUGAAGAUCUUGUGCAUGGGGAUCUCACAACUUCUAACAUGCUGCUACGACCACCACCAGCAAAAAAGAUGGAACUGGUGUUAAUAGAUUUUGGACUAAGUUUUAUUUCUGCCCUACCUGAGGACAAGGGUGUUGAUUUGUAUGUCUUGGAGAAAGCCUUUUUGAGCACCCACCCGAAUACAGAGGCUCUAUUCAAAGCACUAUUGAAGAAGUACUCGGCUGUAUCUAAAAAAUCGGCUCCAGUGAUUAAAAAACUGGAUGAAGUGCGGCUCAGAGGAAGAAAAAGAUCCAUGGUUGGAUAA